AUGCUUCUGAUGAAAAAAUCUGAUCAAAAUGCACUUGGUGAUCACCCAAAGAUGUUUAUCAAAAAAACCGGAAAGAGAAAAUUUGCUGACAGAUAUGAGCUCGUCCACGCACCUUUCCACAAUCCAACAAAUGAACCCAAGACAUGGGCAUUUAAGAAGUUCCUAGAAGACAAAUUGAAGCAGAACUUGAAGGCUAUACCGACUGUCGUAACCAAGUUGAAAAAGGAUCAGAUUCUUCUUGUUGAUCCUAGGGAUUUGUUGAAAUUUGGCGAGCAUAACAUUCAUACUUUAUCCAAACAUCAUCUUAUGGUGGAAAAUGAAAUGUUUGAAGUUGCUGCAAACGCUUUCAUCGGUAUGAUAACGACAAUCAUUGAUAAGAGGCUGUGGGCAGGAGCGUUGGCUGAUUCUGAUGUUCAUCUUGUGGAGAAGUCGUAA